UUUUGGAUAUGAGGAGAGUGGUAUUAUGAAUUCAGGCUUAUAAGCUCUCUCCAUGAAUCAUCCCUGUUUGUGGCAUGUUUUAAUGCUUAAAAUUAUCGAAAACAGCAAAGGGCUUCUUCUUUGACAACUAAGGUUCUGCCUCGAUUAGAUCAGCAUAAAUCUGGGAUUAAAUGCAGCUUUAGCUCUGUUGAAAGUUUCAUGAAUCUCAAGUUCAUUCAAGAAACAUAAGGGGUUUUUGGAGAUAUUUUUAGCCAAACUAUUAAUCUUGUCUAAUUUUGUAGAUUUCUACACUCUUCUUGAUGAAAUUUCAACCCGUUGAGCCUGAUUAUCAAAGGAAGAUACCAAAGGAUGAAAUCUAUAGCUUUUAGCCUCUUUCAUACAUGCUUAAGGCUUGUAGAACGAUUCAUUCCAGUUAAAGUAGUAUCUGACAAUUUUUGAGGAACUUUAACCAAAUUUCAUAUAUAAUUUUGAGAUUCAUGAAAAGUGAGAAAUUCGAUGAACUAAAUUUUUGGAUAGACUUGCUUACUCAAGACGAGUUUAACACUAAAGGAAGAUUAGAAGCAUUGCUUCAUGCUGGGCCUUACUAGAGGUGCUGUGCUACAAUAGGACUUAUUUUAUUUUAUCGUAUUUUACCAUCACAGAGUGACUAAUCCAAAGUGAGGAUCUAUGGUUGAGACAUCAGAUGAGCUAUUAUAAGCUUCUUGCUAGUCAUAAAGUCUUGCCUCUGCUAUUAAGUUAAAUAAUCCAAGUUUGUAAUUCCAAAUCCUUAAAAUUAUGUAUCAUAAUUGUUUUAUAUUAAUGGCUAAGGAAUCACUAAUAAUAUAAGAGAUUUACUGAAAUUAGGAAGAAUUAUAUAAGAAUUUACUUAAAGCUAGAUAGGACAUGCAUAUUGAGAGUCUCUCUCAUUUAAGCUUUUAAUGAUGUCUCCUUUGUCAUCCAAACGAGCUCUUCUGAGCGAGAAAUCGUUUUCAUACCUCUUAAAUAAGGUUAAUAGCUGCUUAAUGGUAGUUUAUCAAAAGUUUGGACCACCAGAGAAGAUGGUAUCAAGCAAAGUCUUAUCUUAAGAAGUAAGGCCUUGCAAUUACUAAAAUUCAUCAAUUUUCCAGAAGAUAGAUAGGCUGAUGAAUCGAGAUAUUCACAGUCUUCGUUUGAUAUUGAUAAAUGCUCCGUUAUAAGAAUGUUAUAACAUUUUCUGAAUCAUGGAUUUUCUCUCUUCCAAUUUGAUAUUUUUGUAUUUAGUAAGAUGAGCCAUAGUAUGAUGCCUCCACCGCACGGUGGCUCUAAAAGUGUAUGAGAGCAAGGAGCCCAAGAAGUUUAACCCCAUCUCUGAUAGAUUAAUAAAGAUUCUGCAUAUGCUUAGCUAAAAUUUUCAGAAAUUUUCAGAUUCGCUCUAUUAUCAAUAAUAGAAGCAUAUUCAGCUUAGUUUGCUUUAAAGAAAAAUUGUACCAAUUUUGAUACUUUCGGAAAAAUUUCUUGAUUGCAAGAAUCCUUGAUAGAUAUUUAAGUCCAAAGAUAAAAUACUUAAUAUAAUUUUUAUUAUGAAUUUCCAUAACAACAAUGGUUACUCUGGCUUAACUCCUACCAUAGCCUGGGAGUAUACAGCCAUGCUCAAACAGCUUGAGGAGGCAUAUUGAGUCUGCUCACACAUAAAUAGCACUGUUCCUAGUAUUGAGGACGUCUGAAUUUGCCAGGAUUGGUGAUUAUGUACUUCCUCAAUCAAUUCGAAGCUAAGCACUAGUAUUGGAAACGAUAGUAAGCAAGAUAUGAAUGGAUCAUCUUGAUGUUCAAAAUCAGGUACAAAAUCUAAGAUUCACAAAAAGAAUAUUACACAUCAACUUGGUCAAGAAGAAGUCGAACAAUCAGAAAAUAUUGAUGACAACUCUCAGGAUAUCAAAAGGAGGAAAUCACGCUCCUCUAAGCUAGACAUAAAGCCAAGUCUUAUUAGAGUGCGCAGAAAGAUUCUCAGCAGCGGAAUCACCGCUUUCUUCAGUUCACCAAAAAAGACUAGAGGGACUACAGAUGUCACACUUGGGAGAAGAUCUAGAUACAUCGGUGUUUCUAAGAACAACUCUCAUUGGCAAGCAAUGAUCAACUCAAGAAGAGACAAGAAGUACAUCGGGACCUACCUCACCGAACUAGAGGCCGCCAGAAUCUACGACAUCUACUCUAUUGCCAUGCAAGGAAUCAAAGCUCCCCUAAACUUCAACUACUCCACUGCUGAAAUGCUCACAAUAAUCGACAACUUCCUCCACCCACAACAAUAAAUCCCUAAUUUCA